AUGUGCGAGGUGCUGGGAAUGCCUAUCACCGACCGGCAGGCGCAGCGCACGCCCCGCACGCCCCGCACGCCCCGAGACGAGGAUAAGCCGCAGUCGCCGCAGUGCAUGACCAGCCUUGGCCCUCAAAUGGCGGGCCCCGAGCCGGAGGAGUCGGGUGCAGUGAGCCUUUCGAAGCCGGCCGACGCUGAGGCGGCCGCCGCAGAGAUGUUCCCGGACUCGGAUGCAGAGAUGGCCACAGCGGUGGCGAAGCAAGCCUCCAAGACGUCUCACCUUUCGGCGAAGGUGGCCCACGGAUCCCAUGGCCACACGGAGCUCUUCACCGGGCCAAGCCUCUGGUUGCAGCAGCCCGUGGCCCAAAUGUUGUGA